AUGAGCGCAAUUCUGUCGGCAGAUGACUUAAAUGACUUCAUCUCUCCAGGGGUCGCCUGCAUAAAGCCCAUUGAAUCGUUGCCCCGAAAAGCUGAUAAAAAUUCUAAGGAUGUAUAUGAAGUUGCAAGGGAAGACAAGAUCCAUCCUGACAACCCACCCUCCGUGCAGAUUUCCCUGACGGAUUGUCUGGCAUGUUCAGGAUGCGUCACAUCAGCUGAGGCCGUUUUAGUGUCCCUACAGUCGCACGCUGAAGUGCUUAAUACCUUGGACUCGUGCGCAGAAUUACGAAUCGACGAACUGAACGGGUGCAGUAACGCUCAAAGGUUACGAGAAAAUGAUGCCGGUUUCUCUGCAGAAGGCGAGCAAAGGACAACAGAAAGUGGUGGAAAGAUAUUCGUUGCAAGUGUCAGCCCGCAGGCCAGAGCAAGCUUGGCCGCGACGUAUGGAAUUUCUGAGCGCGAAGCCGGAUACUUGAUUGAGCAAUUUCUCAGUGGGCCCGAUGGGUUAAGGGCUGGAGGCGCCUAUGGCAAUGGCUUUACCUGGGUGAUUGAUACAAACGUUAUGCGGCAGGUCUGCUUGGAACUCAGUGUGAGCGAAGUUACGGAGUCGUUGAAUAGCUCCAAGGACACCCUCAUCGAAACUUUUCCGGCCCCGAAGCGACCAGUUCUAUCCUCCGCUUGUCCAGGAUGGAUAUGUUACGCUGAAAAGACUCAUCCACAUGUCCUACCUCACAUAUCCCGCUUAAAAUCCCCACAAGCCCUUACGGGGACCUUGUUGAAAACCGUGCUGAGCAAGGCAUUGAAUAUCUCAUCCGCACAGAUUUGGCACUUGGCCAUCAUGCCUUGUUUUGAUAAAAAGCUGGAAGCUAGCCGGCAAGAAUUAACGGAUGCUUCUUGGCAGGACGCUUCAUCUAUGACACAGAAAGGAUCUGCUCCAACGGAAUCACAUUCUCCCGUGCGAGAUGUUGACUGCGUCAUCACUUCCCGCGAACUCCUCAUGUUAGCGACCUCCCGAAAUAUCUCUCUCAGAAACCUCCCAUUACAGCCAUUGCCUUCACCAUCUGUCCCGUUAUUCCCUGAUCCCUAUUUUGCGCCUUUCUUAUUUCCUAAAUCUAGCCAGUUCGUCCAACCCUCCGCUGCUGGCACGUCAGGGGGCUAUCUCUACCACAUCCUCACAACAUACCAACAUCGGAACCCAGGAAGCCAAAUCCAAACGCAGCGUGGUCGAAAUUCCGAUGUGAUAGAAUACGCCCUGAUCUCUCCGUCAGGUGAUACGAUUAUAAAGGCAGCUCGGUACUACGGUUUUCGUAAUAUCCAAAACCUAGUCCGAAAACUAAAACCUCCUCGCGCAUCACGGCUCCCUGGCGCCAAUCCUAUGAUAGGUCGCAGGGCAGGUGGUGGAUGUGCGGCUACAGUUAGUAGCACAUCAGCCACAGAUUAUGCUUAUAUCGAAGUAAUGGCGUGUCCAGGCGGAUGCACGAAUGGUGGUGGUCAAAUACGCGUCGAUGACGCGCGAGACAUCGACACGCUGAAGCCAAACGAGCAGCAGCAGCUGCUGCAGCAGAAUCAACAGUCUAUGCAAAAGCUGGCACCACAGGAACAGCGAGCCUGGCUCGCGCGAGUCGAUGAUGCAUAUUUUUGGGCCGAUUUCGAUUCCGAUUCCGAUGUCUCUCCCAACCCGUCACACAAUAGUGAUGCCACAGAUCACCACACAUGUGACGAUAUCUUAUCCCACUGGUCUCGCAGCACGAAUAUCCCCUUGGAAAAGCUUGUUUAUACCACCUUCCGAAAGGUAGAAAGUGACGUGGGCAAGGGCAGAAGUAAGGAUUCGGGUGCGGCAGGAGCUAUGGCUCGAGUUGCGGCACUUGCUGGGAAGGCCGGCGGGGGUUGGUAG